AUGUCUCAAUUCUUCCAGUCAACGCCAUCAGCUCGGGCAUUGACAUCCCUCGAAAUGGAAAAUACAGUUCUUUCUGUACCUUCUGUCGAAACAUCGGCCUCAAAAAGGCACUUGGAACACACUCCAGAUCCAAAGAGACUCAGGCUAAACACACCAGAUGCUUCUAUCCAUAAUCUGUCUCCAGGAGCUACUGACCGGCCUCAAAUGAGUCCUUUGCUUGCGGAAAUCAGCGGGCUGAAUGGAGGCAACUUAGGUCUGUUUGGGAUGUUCAACAACCCAAUCAUCAUUGGUAGUCCAUCCAAGCCAGGAUCUGCUCCUUCAAGUGAAACUGGUGGAGCUGCUAAUGCCUCGAGUUUUCAGAAUGCUUCGGUGUCUGUAAACCUGACCAUUUUGCCUCAAAAUGGAUCAUUUCAUUCACCCAUGGCUGCAAUCCACGGACCGCUUUCUUCAACGCAAGCACCUCAAGCUACUGCUCAAGCACCUCAAGCUACUGCUCAAGCACUUCAAGCAACAGUUCAACCCUCUAAAGCUACAAUUCAAUCUUCGGCCCAUACUUCAGUUCAUGUCACUGAUCUGGCAACUGGUCAGGUGCCUUGUCAAACAAGUCAGACUCCAAUCCAGUCUGUUCCUCAAGCUACAAUAGCUAUUCCAGCCAAUCACAAUCGGGUUCCUAAUAAUCAUGGAACGAAUAUUCAAAUAUCUAAGGAAAUUGGUGAAAUAAAUCCUGAUCUCCCUCCCCAGGCUAAUACGACUAGUGGUGCUACCAAAAAGCAAAUUGAGCGAAUGGAGAAACAGAAACAACGCGAGUUGGAAAGACUAGAACGUGAGGCUGCUAAGGAAGUGGAAAGACAAUUGAAGAAAGAAGAAAGAGAGCGUAAAGAUCGUGAACGACAAUUGAAACGUGAGCAAAUUGAGAAGGAAAAGGAGCGGAAGCGUGAAGAGGAGAGGGCUAAACGCGAGGAAAAGCGUAAAAAGGUGGAGGAAGAGAGAAAACGGAAGGAAGAGGAGAGAAAACAGAAGGAGGAGGAGAAAAAGCAGAAGGAAGAGGAUCGUAAACGUAAAGAAGAACAGAAAGAUCGGAACCAAAUGAAAAUUUCUAGCUUCUUUGCUGUGAAACCGAUCAAGCCAGUGUCACGUCCAGUUACUCCCAAAGAAACUACCGUGGAGAUAGAGAAUACUGAAAAGCCACUGAUGCUGUAUAGUCGCCAGUUCCUUCCUUUUUUUAUUAAGCUGAAUGUGGUCAUGGCAGCGGACGGCGUACUUCUGGCAGAAGAACUUUCUAAGAACAUCUCCGCCUUCGAUUCAGAAAUGAAGCAGACAUUUCAGAGAGCAGAACUCUCUGCUAUGUUUCCAAAGGCGCGAAUCCCCACACCACAUUCUUACACUAGUGCUGAAAUAUUGCUGGAGGCACUCAAUUCUGCUUCUACCACAGAGAAGCAACUCCACCUUCUUGUCGAUAACUUGCCACCUAUCAAGUACUUGCAGUUUUACGAAAACUCCAAGCCUCCUUACGUAGGAACAUGGUGUUCGGAGAAGCACCUACGCACUAAAAUCACACAAAGCAACCCCUUAGAUACAAGUCUCACAGGCUACGACUAUAAUUACGACUCCGACCUUGACUGGCAAGAUGGUGAUGAUGAUGAGGGUGAAGAUAUCGAUGAUUUGGAGGAUGGUGAUGAUGAUGAUGACGAGGCCAAUGAAGAUGACGACAUGGAAGACUUCGUCGAUGACAAUAACGAAGUGUCCAAGCGCCGUAUACCUGUGGGAACACUCAAGUCUGUGAAUAAAUGGAACUACAACACGGAGGAAGACAAUGCACACUUUGAUGAUAUCAAAUAUGAGCGUCUUGAUUAUGAUAUUCAAUUCCCCAUUGAUCCAUAUUGCAAUUACUGGAGCACAGCCAAGGUUUCAGUGAGUGUUCGCUCCACCAAGGACAAGGCCGCAGAAGCCGCCACGCCAGUGAAGACAACAAAUGGCACUAGCAGCCCCAAUAUUCUCACUCCUCAGAAGCCUGCCAUCAAGGACGCCAAGGUGGUUGCCGAACUCAUAAAGUUCGUAGAGAAGAACAGCGACUUUACAAUUGGAACCCUUUCAGAAUUGGCUAAGAAAGAGUUCAAAUCCUAUACUAAAAGCAUGUUGAAGCACACGAUCCAGGAGGUUGCGAGCUACAACAAAAAGAAGAGCAUGUGGGAGAUAAAGCAGACGAUUUGA